CGGCGGUUGCAUCAGAUUCUGGCAAGCUGUCGCCGCAUCCGAGGGUCCGCGAUUCCUAGGAUGGCAGGUUGUUCCGGGGAGCACACUCCCGACUACAGGUCCAUCCUGAGCAUUAGUGACGAGGCAGCCAGAGUGCAGGCCCUGAACGAGCACCUCAGCACGCGUAGCUAUGUGCAGGGGCACUCGCUGUCCCAGGCAGACGUGGACGUGUUCAGUCAGCUCGCGGCCCCUCCCGCUGAUGCUCGGCUCUUCCAUGUGGCUCGCUGGUUCAGGCACAUAGAAGCGAUCCUGGGCGGCCCCUGCAGCAGAGGCGAGCCCUGUGGGCUCCAAGCAAGUAAAGGCCGGCGGGUGCAGCCUCAGUGGUCUCCUCCUGCCGGGUCCGAGCCAUGCAGGCUCCGCCUUUACAACAGCCUCACCCGGAACAAGGACGUGUUUAUACCUCAAAGUGGGAAGAAGGUGACGUGGUACUGCUGUGGGCCGACCGUCUACGACGCCUCUCACAUGGGGCACGCCAGGUCCUAUAUCUCUUUCGACAUCCUGAGACGAGUGCUGAGGGAUUACUUCAAAUUCGACGUCUUCUACUGCAUGAACAUCACAGACAUUGACGAUAAGAUCAUCAAGAGGGCCCGGCAGAACUACUUGUUUGAGCAGUACCGGGAGAAGAGGCCCCGGGCAGCGCAGCUCCUGGAGGAUGUUCACGCCGCCCUGAAGCCGUUUUCGGUAAAACUCAGUGAGACCACGGAUCCCGACAAAAAGCAGAUGCUUGAACGCAUUCAGCACGCGGUGAAGCUAGCCGCAGAACCGCUGGAGGAAGCUGUGCGGCGUGACCUCGCUGGAGAGGAGGAGCUCAGCAGCCACGUGGAGGUCUUGUUGGACGAAGCAAAGGAUUUGCUUUCUGACUGGCUGGAUUCCACACACGGCAGUGAGGUGACUGACAAUUCCAUUUUCUCCAAACUGCCCAAGUUCUGGGAAGAGGAAUUCCACAAAGACAUGGAAGCCCUGAACGUUCUCCCUCCAGACGUCUUAACACGGGUUAGUGAGUACGUGCCAGAGAUCGUGAACUUUGUCCAGAAGAUCGUGGACAACGGUUACGGCUAUGCUUCAAAUGGGUCUGUGUACUUUGACACGGUGAAGUUUGCUUCUAGUGAGAAACACUCCUACGGGAAGCUGGUGCCCGAGGCUGUUGGGGAUCAGAGAGCCCUGCAGGAAGGGGAAGUCUUAGGAAUCUGGGAUGGGAACAUUCUCCCUUUUGUCAAGCACUUGCAUGUCAUAGCGUGAAGCCAAACAGAGUUCAGAGGAGAGGCUGCCCCUUUGGGAUCUGGGGCCGCUGCACGUCAUGAGGCAUUCUAUCCUCCAGCACACUCCGUGAGGUCCUCAGUCACCCGACAACGCCAUUUGGCCGGGAGGAGCAGUGGCCCUUCUCUUCAGAGCUGAACACGUUCACUCUCUCAUUUCUCUAUCAAGCAGUUUGUUCACACUUUAUAAACACAAUUCUUUUCCAUUUAAAGCCAAAUUAAACAGGUCAGCCUGCCCCAUUCACUCCAAAGUUCUCCCUUGGCUCCCCUGGCCUGGGCAUUCCCCCGAGGUUCCUCUUACCGAGGGUGUGUGCUGGGGCCCCCUUGUGACUCUUAGUCUUAAGGUUAGAAACAGCUCAUAUAAACUCUGGACCGUCGACUUAAAAUAAGGAGGCCUGGGUUUCAGGAGA